AUGCGAUAUUCAGCGUACCGACAUCGAUAUCCUGUUAUUAUUGCACCACCAAAAUUAAAACCAAAAUCAAAUCGUAAGAAAUGGAUUAUUUGUGGUGUUAUUUGUGUACUAAUACUUGUGACGAUCGUUGUUAUUGGAGUCGGUCUGGGUGUUGGACUUGGACUUGGACUUAAAAAAAGUUCUAGUUCGUCAAGUAGUAGUGAUAGUGAAACUGGUACUCUUUCACCACCAUCAGUCAGUUGUACCUAUACGAGUCCAUCAGUAUGUGGAUGUGCAUCAACACAACCAUCAUUCUUAUCAUCAAAAAUUAUAAAUGGUUAUUCUGCAGUUGCUAACUCAUGGCCAUGGAUAAUAAUUCUCUAUUAUGAUGGUGCUCAGCGUUGUGAUGGUUUUAUUUAUGAUUUUGAACAUGUUGUAACUGCAGCUCAUUGUGUUAAUGGUUUAUCAGCGUCCUCGUUAUCAAUUGCUGCUGGUGUUUAUUCACUUUCAUCUACAACAAAUGUACAAACACGUACUGUAUCUGCUAUACAAGUUCAUACAAGUUAUUCUACAACUACUUAUGUAAAUGAUAUAGCAGUACUUAAACUUUCUUCUGCAUUAACUGGAAAUAACUAUGUUGGUUUAUGUUGUGUAACAUCAGAUACAACAUUACCUGCUGUAAAUGAACAUGCUGUUAUUAUUGGAUGGGGAACUACAAAUGCUAAUAGUAUAACUAUACCAGAUACUUUACAACAAGCUGUUAUUCAAAUUAAAACUGCAUCAAAGUGUAGUCUUAGUGCAAGUUCAACUGGACAAUUUUGUGCUGGUUGGGGUACAACUGAUACAUGUUACGGUGAUAGUGGAGGACCUUUAAUGACAUCUGUAAAUAACGCAUGGACAUGUACAGGUGUUGUAAGUUAUGGAACUAGUUGUAAUGGUGCUGGUACUUAUACUCGAGUAUCCUAUUAUAAAUCAUUUAUUGACGAUGCUGUAGCGAAUUUAUAA